CAGAUACAUUUUGCCUUUGGCAUAUCUUGUGCAACGCUUCUUUACCAAAGCGAACGUCAUCGGUAGGCCGGCGUAGGUUUUUUGGGGAACAACAGCCAUUCAUGUGAUUAGAAGCAUGACAGAGGUGAUGAACACCCGUGAACCUGUGAUGGAGGAGUUUACCUUGAGCCAGCCUGAGGAAGAAGGAGGAACGUCAAGCCAGGCUUUUCCAGAUGCUCAUGAAAAGUACCCUAAGCUGUCGAAAAGACUACCAUCCAUUGUGGUGGAGCCAACUGAGACGGGGGAUGUGGAAAGCGGAGAGCUUCGUUGGCCGCCAGAUGACCUGAAGUCCAUGGAUGAGAAGAAAGCUCUCGCUAGUCAGAGAGCCUCUGCUCAGCAACAGCAGCAGCAGGAUGUUGAAAGUACCUCACCUCAUCAAGAAGCGGGAGAGAGCACAGAAUCUACUGAAAGCAGAACUGAGGAAGACGACUAA